AUGUGGCUGGUUGUGCUAGUGUAUCACUUUGGCCUGAUUCUCAGCAGUGAGGCUCAGAGUCCGUGCUUCAUCAGCCCUACAUUCAGAGAGCCAGCCAACUCUGACAUCACGGUUACAUGUGGAACUGAAACAAUGAAGUUGAGCAUCUUGAUGUGUCCGAUCUACUUUCGUGGCUACAAUGAGUCACUGAUGGCCCUGAACGCUCAGUUCAGCAGACGAGAGUGCUAUGGGACCCCUGACUGGACAGUUGACCCACCCGUCCUGAAAUUCAAUUUCAGCAUUUCUGAAAAUUCCAUCACCGCCUGCUCCAACAAGUUAAAGAUCACUGAGGAGGUGGGUUCAGGGCUCUUCUCUGACUAUUCCAGCGUUCAGUUUGUUAACAUCUCUGGGAUGAUCAACUCCCUGGAUCCCAGCGCGGGCACCAUUACCUACCGUCAGGAGAUGAUGUACAUAUUCUCUUGUCGGUACCCUCUGCAGUACCUGGUCAACAACACACGGAUGGGUGUAUCUGGGGUGAGCCUGGCAGUCAAGGACAAUAACGGGAGUUUCAUCAGCACGCUGAGUAUGUCUUUGUUUGAGGACGUCGCCUACACCAGAAGGCUGAUAAUGCCAAAUGGUGGAGUUCAGCUCAAGACACGGAUCUUUGUGGAAGUAAAGGCGACAAACCUCACAGAAAGGUUCAACGUGCUGCUUGACCGGUGUUACGCCACAACAAGCCCGCUUCCCGGCAACAGUUCCCACUAUGACCUCUUUGUCGGGUGCACGAAGGACGGGCAGACGGUGAUGGGGACCAACGGGCAGGCGCAGUUCGCUCGCUUCUCCUUCGAGGCCUUCCGCUUCGUGCAGCACAAGAACGUGACCGUCUCCACCUUCUACCUCCACUGCGCCACCAGGCUGUGUGACCGAGCCGUCUGCAGCGUCUUACGCCCGAACUGUACAGAAAAUGGCAACAGGAGAAAAAGAGAGGUUGAGACAGCGCAGGGAACGUCAGUCAGCGACGUGGCCACAGUCACGUCCGGUCCCAUCAUCACCAAAGUGGACAACGGUGGUCUUACAGCCCCAGCUUCUCAAACAGCCUUGCAGACGGCCGAGGAGAGCGGCCCCCUCAUGGGCGUGGCUGUCACUGCGGGGGUGGUGUGCGUGCUCUUCCUCGCCCUGAUGGUGUACGUAGUCUUCCGCCUCCACUCGCGAAAGAAAUCGGAGAAGACAGCGGCGUUGGCGGUGAGCACCAUGGGCAGGACUGACCACAGCUUGCCGGGCCGUGAGACAGGGUUGGCUGGUUGGGACAUGUGA